AUGUAUAUAAGGCACCAUCAGCCAACGGUUCUCAGUAUAUUUUCGAAAACAGUUUUAUCAAUUGUAAUCAUGCUCGCUACCAACAUAUUCUCGAUUUUAGUUUGUCUUUUUCUGGCCCAUGCCACUUAUGCUUUUCAUGCAAAUAGUUCCAUGACGGAUGAUGGCAUUCAAUCACGAGUAAUGCUUACAAAUUUAGCCACUAUCCUUCGGAAUGCUGGCCUCGAUGUCACAGAAGUUUCUGGUUGGGCAACACGUGGUCAUGGUCAAAUGACUGCCGUUAAAAGUAUCAUUUGCCAUCAUACUGCUGGUCCAGCAACCGGUGAUAUGCCUUCAUUAAAUGUCAUUCGUGAUGGUACUUCAAGUCUUGCUGGCCCACUAGCACAAUUGGGGUUAGGUCGUAGUGGUAAAUGGUUUGUUGUUGCUGCUGGUCUCUCCUAUCAUGCUGGUGUUGUUACUAACUCAGCUUUAUACUCGAAUGCUAAUGCUAUUGGCAUCGAAGCUGAAGGUACAGGUCUUCCGGCUACUAAUAGCGGACAUACCUACUGGCCGGAAGUCCAAUAUCAAAGUUAUUUGAAGGGUGUUCGUGCUCUUAUGAAAGCUUUUAAUGUACCAAAGGCUAAUGUUCUCGGACAUAAAGAAGUUGCCUCGCCAUUAGGUCGUAAGAUUGAUCCAAACUUUUCUAUGGAUGAAUUUCGUAAUGCUCUUUAA